AUUUUUUGCUAAAACUUUUUAUUGAUAUUUUGUGUAUAAUGUUAUGUGUUAUUGUAUACUACUUUAGUGCCUUGCACAGCUUAAAUAUAAAGUAAUGUUAAUUGAUUUUUUAAUAACUGGUGGUGUACUAUGUGUUUACUGUUUCUCUCUGGUUUCUAAUAACUUGCAUAUGCCUGAGAUUCUUUCUUCCGAUCAGUUGGACAGGUAUAAAAGGGUUUCUCCUGCAGUUGAGAAACUUGCCAGCCUAGACGACGGCCGUGAUAGGUCUGGCUGCUAUGCUAUCGCACUAAUUUCAGGGAAUCCAAGGUGGAUUGAAAAGGGCCGUUACUAUGACGUGUAUCGCAUUCAUCAGCAAGUUGGUAAACGGGUUUACCUUAACAGGAUUGAGUUUUUUCAUUCUGAGCAGGGCUGGUUCGUCAACGGUGAGCCUUACUUACAGAACAUUAGGGCUGUUGCCACUAUCCUGAAGCACUUUAGGAGUCCUAAAAUGAGGACUGUCAAGUUCAGGUCAAAGAAGCACUACAAGCGUACAAUCGGACACCGUCAGGAGAUGACUAGAAUUUUAAUUGACGACUUUGACGUCUUGAGGAGUGACAUGAAUGUCUUCACUCAUGACCCUGUUAACUUUCCUCUUCUGAAAAUGCAGCUACUUAGGUACCCGAGUCUCGAGCUUAAGAAGAUGAAACACAACACUGUUAGGGGAAUGACGAAGGAUGAAAUUGGUUUAAUUGGCGAGAAUCCACUCGACCACUUCGACCCAGUUUACAACAAACUCGUUAUUCAGCAACAAUAUAAUAAUUUUAUAUAAUUUUUAUUCCAACCUUUAU